AUGACAAAUAUUAUGGCAAGUGUUGAUUUAAAAAAUUGGCCAAUCCUUAGUCUGCUUAAUCGUGAAUUUAUCAACGGUAAAGUAUACGCACUAGGAAGCAACACGUCAGGGUGUUUGGGCACAGGUGACACUCACAGCACUUUGUAUCCUGUAAAAAUAGAAGCUCUGACUCUGAAAGGUGUCAAGACAUUUGCAUUUGGCGUGGGACCUCAUGUCCUGGCACUUACUAAUAAAGGAGAAGUUUACUCAUGGGGGCACAAUGGUUACUGCGAGCUAGGAAAUGGAUCAUCUAAUCAAAAUCCAUUGCCAAGUAAGGUUGCUUCUAAUUUUGAGGACAAACCUAUCGUUUAUGGAUGGGGACAAAAUACUUGCGGACAAGUUGGAAGUGGUAUAAGUACUAAUCAAAAUACUCCACGUAAAAUAAAUUCUGGAUUAGCUGGUAAAAAAAUAAUUCAGAUAGCAUGCGGACAAACAUCAAGUGUUGCCGUUACUAAUAACGGUGAGGUUUAUGCAUGGGGUAAUAACAGUGUUGGCCAAUUAGGAGUUGGUACUUACAUUAAUCAAUUAAGUCCUCAAAAAGUCACUGGACUGACUGGAAUUGUAAUUGCUAAAGUUGUUUGUGGCUAUUCACAUACAAUGGCAUUGAGUGACGAAGGUGAUGUUUACGUAUGGGGAGGCAAUGGAUAUGGACAGUUGGGUUUAGGAACUAAAUCGAACGCAUGUCAACCGGUUAAACUGACAAUUGGAGACAUGGGUAGAGUAAGUGACAUUGCAGCAAUACACUGUAAUCACAUAAGUGCAGCAUUAGCUGAGGGUGGAAAAGUUUAUAUGUGGGGUCAAUGUCGGGGUCAAACAGUGACAACACCAACAGUGACUCCAUUAUUGCACUUACACGAUGUACUUGCUUGCUACUCAACACCAAGUGUUAUGCACGAGCCUCUCGUACUCUAUGCUGAAGAUGAAACAAGUAUUUUGGAUUGUUUAAAACAAGCCUUUGAUGAUUCUACUCACAGUGAUUUGACAAUACAAGUACAGGGAAAACCUAUUUAUGUACAUAAAGCUGUUUUAAAAAUACGCUGUCAAUAUUUUAGAUCAAUGUUUCAAGAGCAUUGGACUGAAAAUAACCAAUCUGUUAUUGUGCAUGAUGAAUUUUCAUAUGAUGUCUAUAGAUCAUUUUUAAAAUAUUUAUACACUGAUCAAGUUGAUUUACCACCUGAAAAUGCAUUAGAACUAAUGUAUCUUGCAAAUGCGUAUUUUGAAACACAAUUAAAAGGAAAAUGUGUACAAAUGAUAAAACGCGGGAUAACUAUAAAUAAUGUUGCUUUUUUAUAUAAAACUGCGAUUGAAUACAGUUCCAAAGAAUUAGAAGACUUUUGUUUUAAAUUUGCAUUAAACCAUAUGACAGCAGUAAUCCAAACAUCUCACUUUUCAAAACUAGACGAAGCAACAUUAAAGACAUUUAUUACCAAAGCUGCUCAUGCUGGUGCAUUUAAAACAUGA